UCCGUUGUCUUCAUCGUAAAUAGAUAUAAAGCAAGUAUUGCCCCACCAACAAAUUCCUUUCCUCUUCUCUCCCGUACUUCUUCCCGUCAACGGAGAAUGCGUUGCAGGCCGUUAGUUGGCCACCAACUACCAGAAUCGACACCGUUUUCCGGAAGGAGCGUAUCUCGUAGCCGUCAAAAAAGAUAAUCAGCAAAGAUGGCAGCAAGUCAAUAUUAUCACGUACAGUGUACGCCCUGCGUGUAUCCGGCCGAUCCCUUCGAUGCCGAGGCAGAUGCCAGCCUCCUGCGCACCGCCAUGAAGGGUUUCGGAACUGACGAACAGGCCAUCAUCGACGUUCUAGCUCAUCGGGGCAUCGUACAACGACUGGAGAUCGCCGAUAAAUUCAAAACAAUGUACGGCAAGGAUCUCGUCUCGGAGCUGAAGUCUGAGUUGUCCGGAAACUUCGAAACGGUUAUCUGCGCUUUAAUGACGCCUCUUCCUGAACUGUAUGCCAAGGAAUUGCACAAAGCUCUUUCUGGUAUAGGCACUGAUGAGGGUGCACUUAUCGAGGUUCUUGCGUCUCUGAGCAAUUAUGGCAUCAAGACAAUAUCGGCCGUUUAUAAGGAUUUGUAUGACACAGAGUUAGAAGAUGAUCUCAAGGGCGAUACUUCCGGUCAUUUCAAGAGGCUUUUGGUUUCGUUGUCUUGUGCUAGUAGAAACGAGAAUACCGACGUCGAUGAGCAGGCCGCACUUGAGGAUGCUGAAAAACUUGUCGCCGCAGGUGAAGGACAAUGGGGUACCGAUGAAAGUACCUUCAAUGCAAUCCUCAUCACCAAGAGUUAUCCGCAAUUGCGGAGGAUUUUCAAGGAAUAUGAACGUAUCGCCGGACACAGUUUGGAGAAAGCUAUUAAGCGAGAAUUUUCCGGUUCUCUUGAGGACGGCUACUUAGCUGUGGUGAAAUGUGCUCGCGACAAGACUGCUUAUUUUGCGGAAAGAUUGUACAAAGCUAUGCGCGGAUGCGGCACUACCGAUUCAACAUUAAUACGCAUAAUUGUAACGCGAUCGGAAAUCGAUCUGGGUGACAUUAAGGAGACUUAUGAGAGACUUUACGGGAAAUCUCUUGCAGAAGCUAUCGACGACGACUGUUCAGGCGACUACAAGAGACUCUUGCUUGCUCUUCUUGGAUGAAAAUAUUUUAAUUGUACACAACAGUCCCUUUUAUCGAAAAAUCUACUUCAAUGUCGCGGAGAUUAUACGUGUCGUAUUAUGUUUCUUUAUAGAAUUAUAGAAAGUUAAUUUGGUUGAUUUAGUUUAUAUUUUUCUGACCGUUUGUAGUGUGAAUAUAAUGUUAUUCGUGCUAUUUAUAUUAUAUUUUGCGUUUGAUUAAAUAAUAAAACGUGUGUAAAAAUGUAUUAUAAAAUAACAAGAAAAACAUGUACACAAUUGGGACAUUUUUGUACAUGCGUUUCUGUAAAGAUUGAAAAUUAAAAAUCGACCAAUUGAUUGGUACUAUAUACUAGAACAAGUAAAUUGUUAAUCGAAAUGAAAAUUUGCCCCUCAUUGUACUAAUACCAUUAAUUAUCGUCCAUCUCUGACUGCAUGCAUGCCUGUAUCAAUUAAAUAAUAUGCAUUAAAUACAUGAAUGUCUACAUUUUCCUCGAA